AUGGUUAUCAACUUCCAUUGCCUGUACAAACUUCGACUCGACUUGGAACGCCAUCCUCAUUCAGUGUCUCCGUGGUUCCUCGUUAACCUACAGGGAAUGUGUUUGGAUCCAUUUGCUCGUGUAUUGCACAGUGCCACUAUCGACACAUGGAAUGUCCAAUGGGCCAACGAAACCGAUUACAUCAUCUUCGAAUCCAAUACGUCCACUCCUGAAGAAAAAAGGCAGGUUGUCAAAGACUCAGUCACAACGACCAUGUGGAUUGCACAGGUCGCGUGCGAAGGUUGCCCCGACAAUGAACCGCUUUUCCAGCCAGGGGAGCAGGAUCAAGCUGGCACUCGCCGUCACCUCAGAUCGGUCAACCAGGAACGUCUUUGUGAAAUCCACAAAAUGCGUGACAGAGAAUUUCAAGAACGGUUCGAUGAAGGCGAUCCCAACGUUGCCACGAGUCCUCCAACUAAGCCUCCUACCAAGAAGCCCACAGCCCAACCUUCCGAAGCACCUUUAUUGACACCAACAACAUCAAGUCCUAUUGCUACACCACAACAGACAACCCCAAGUCCAAUCAGUGGUAACGAUGUGGGCACAGUUGAUGCAUCCGAUGGAAGCUUAGACUCAACACAAGGAGCACCCACAGCUCCGUCUACUGGAUCUGCAUUUUCGCCUACAGGUGGGAUAGGUAUUACAGACUCAACUGGGCCGCCCAAUGAUCAAGGUUCUCCAGCUUCCGAUUCCCCAGAACCUGGACCUUCACCAUUAGGGGAUAGUGGGUCUCCUGGUUCUGCUGCUUUGGAUGGAUCUCCCAGUGCUCUUGGAUCACCAACAACAGACGCCACAGCUGGUACAGCCGAUGGAUCUCCCACAACGCUAGGCAAUCCCGGCACACCCACCAACAACCCUCCCUCAACAUCUGGUGUUUCGGGAACAAAUGGAUCUCCAACAGUUUCUGGAGACAAUCCGAGUGCACCGAGUCUGCCCUCUGAGCCAGAUCAGACAAGUCCUUCAACUUCAGUUGGUCAAACCGCGCCUACUGUGCCAGCCACCCCGGGAUCUCCAACUGUGAUCGGGACGACCACUGCGGCAGGAGACGGCUCUCCAACAAAUCCUGGUGCCGUUGAAGCUACGCCCACACCAGCAAGUGCGCCUGGUUUAGCAGGUUCUCCUUCUUCAAGUGGAGAAGCUGGUGCUCCAGUAGGGUUGGGCCAGCCGGGCCCUCCUUCUUCACCCGACGGAGCAGGCAGUCCCACAGGGUUGGGCCAACCCGGAACCCCGACAAGUUUGACUGGAGGGAAUACAGGUGGCUCCCCCGUUGCUGUCACAGAUGCACCUCCUGUAGUGGGAAGUAUUCCAGCUGCACAGGGCACUCCAGCAGCUCCUAUUGCAUCCACUGAAAACCCACCAGUGACAACAGCUGGUCAAUCUGACUCUCCAGCAGGGCCUGCCCAGCCUGGAACCCCCUCUUCAGUUGCUGGUGGUACUCCCACUGGACUGGGAGCUGGUGCGCCUUCAACCUCCCAGUUCACGCCUGACCAAGCAACACCAGCACCUGCGAUUUCAGAUACUCAGGAGACAACAUCUGAUCCAACCUUGGAGCCGACCUUGGAGCCGACCUUUGAGCCAACCUUUGAGCCAACCUUGGAGCCAACCUUGGAGCCGACCUUGGAGCCGACCUUGGAGCCAACACUUGUAGUUUCUGUGACAGGCACUCCAACAAUAAAGGGCACCCCUGUGCCAUCCAUCACAGUCACAACGGAAACAACGAAUGAUCAAACCCCAGCACCAACAUUGGAGCCUACAGUACCAGGCGCUUUGACAGAAACUCCUUCAGUAGACUCCACAACAGGAAGCCCCUCUGUGCGGGCUACUACCUCAGCGCCUGAUGGUUCUACUCUUGGUCCGACAUUAGAAGCGUCUUCAGCACCAUCAAGCGAAGAUACGGCAGGAGCAACAAACGAUCAAACACCACCACCAAAUCAGGAGCCUACAAAAGCAGGUGCUUUGACCGAAAAUCCUUCAGCAGAUUCCAUCACUGAAAACCCCACCAAUGUUGACCCAACUUCACCACCCUCUUGUGCCUACUCUCAAUACACAAGCACAUACAUCGUAGGGUUUGAUGGCGAAACUAGUGGAGUAUACGAUGACACAGAGUUGACAUCUGCAUUUGAACAAGCCUAUGACCUGAUGGACAUGCCAGCUUGUUCUGCAGAAUUGGUCAGCACCCUGGUUUCCAGCCGAAGUGCAGGGAGAAGGAAUCUACAGGUUACGUCUACACAAGUUGAGUUCUUUUGCCUCCUGGUAGCCCGUCAGAAUCACCUACAAGCCUGA